AUGGAAGCAGACAUGGAAGGCCUCGAAGCAGGCCUGGAAGACUCGAAGGCAGGGAGGGAGAUCUCAGCCUGGGACUCUCUGCUGGCCGGUGGAAGGACAUGGCCAUGGCAGCCAGCAGGGGACACCCUCUAUAGAUGGCUCUUCUUCUUCUCCUACUACUAUUCUUCUACUACUAUUCUCUCUCUCCUUCUUCCACUGCUACUACUUCUACUUCUACUUCUACUUCGUAUCUACAGAGUGCUAGACCUGCUGUGA